CUAUAAAAGCGAAAAGAAAACAAAGCCGAAUUGUAAACGCUUCAGUUGCCCGAGGCGGCCUUUGAAGAAUCCGCUGAAGCAGCGGCGGCAGCAGCAGCAAACCCUAGAGAGAGAGCCCCGUCGCUCGUUUGGUGAAAAGCCUGAACUGGUGUUAUCAACUAUAGAGAAUUAGUUAUGGCUUCCAAGAGGAUCCAAAAGGAGUUGAAGGACCUGCAGAAGGACCCCCCUGCCUCUUGCAGCGCUGGUCCUGUUGGCGAGGACAUGUUCCAUUGGCAAGCAACAAUUAUGGGCCCAGCAGACAGCCCAUUUUCAGGUGGUGUGUUUCUUGUUACUAUUCACUUCCCUCCGGAUUAUCCAUUCAAGCCACCAAAGGUUUCCUUCAAAACCAAAGUGUUCCACCCCAACAUAAACAGCAAUGGUAGCAUUUGCCUUGACAUUCUCAAAGAACAAUGGAGCCCAGCCCUCACAAUAUCCAAGGUGCUGCUGUCCAUCUGCUCACUGCUCACAGAUCCAAACCCUGAUGAUCCUCUGGUGCCAGAGAUAGCCCAUAUGUACAAGACAGACAGGGCCAAGUAUGAGAUGACUGCACGGUCCUGGACUCAGAAGUAUGCCAUGGGUUAAAACAUGUUGAAUUUACCGUCUAGGAAUGCGGCAUGGUCCUUCCUAUUAGUAAAUAAAUAGAUAAGUGACGAAUCAUCCUGGGGUACUUGGUCAGUUCUAUUAUGUGUCCUUGGAGUUAAGGAUUUAGCAUGCCAUCCUUAUUAACUCGGCUAUAUUUUCAGUAUUGUUAAUAUUGCGAUUGGGCUUUACAACUCGUGUUUUGCCAUAUAAGAUAUAGAUGAAUGACGCCAUAGAUUUUCCAUCCUGAA